AUGGAAAAUCAAUCACCGACAUCAUCAUUUUCAAAUAUAGAAUUUAAAAUAGUUAUAUACUUUGGUAUGGUAAUGAUAAUUUUGAAUGGAAUCUGUACUUUAUAUGUAUUACGCAGAACAUUAACUCGAUGGAUUAUUUCAAAGAAGAGUCUUCCCAUGGCUCUUAGAGUUCCGUUUUACAUUUCCUUAUCAGAUUUCAUGCUAUUUUCGAUAAAUUUUCCCAAUAUGUUGUUUCCGGUAAUACACGGGGUACCAUGGUCUGAUUCAAAUUGUAAAAUAAUAGGGGGGAUAACAUUUUUUACGAUAUCAACAAAUAUAACAUUGGUCGGUUUAUUGGCAUUUUUGACGUAUUUACGUAUUUGUCUUUGCCAUCAUAUGGAUCGGGGAAAUAUUGGUGCUAUACCAACAAGACAAAUCGUGAAAAAGAUUGAGCCGAUCGUCGUUAGGAAAAUAAUUGGUUAUGUUUUAAUAUUUAUGCUUCAAUGGACCCCUCCGAUGAUUUACGUUGUUGGUCAGAUCAUUGAUUACGAUCCUUUGUGGGUUUAUUUGAUAACAGACGCAUCGGUGAAUAUGGGUGGAAUAGGUAACAUGAUUCAAUUCAUAAUAAAUGAAGGUUGGAAAGAUCCUUAUGUUCCACCCCAAAAACGUACUUCAACGAGUUCUUCCAUUAUUAUUAAUACCCCUCAUGAACCUUUCACGCAAACCCCUCUUCAUCUCCUUCCUCAAAUUAAUAACUCUACCUUUGAAGUUACAAUUAAAGUUGAAACAAAUACUGAGGUUUCAAAAAGCUUUUCUAGUGACAACUCUAAACCUUCUACCGUUACAAUAGUUAAUACUGAUAACGAACAUUUUACCAAUAAUGAAGAAACUCGUUUACCGCGACCUGCUUCUUCCAAAGAUCAUCUCAUAUAG